AUGGAGUCGCGAGUUGCAGACGUCGGGGCAGCAGAAGCUGCGCAGGCCGCGGGCGGGGGCUCGGCACGCGGCGGCGUCACUCAAGGGCCGGUUUCGGAGACGCUGGCAGCUGCUCGCUGGAAACUCCUGCGGCAGGUUCUGAAGCAAAACCAUGUGGAUGAUUGUCUGCGACAUAUAUCUGUAAGAAGAUUUGAAUCAUUUAAUCUGUUUUCAACGACAGAAGCUGAAGUGGAAACUGAAGAGGAAAUUGGUACAUGGGUCCAAUAUUCAAGUGUCUUCUAUCCUGAAUACAGUAUCUUCUUAAGACAUCAUAAAGGAUCUUUGAAUGUUGAAGAUGUUCUUACCAGCUUUGAUAAUACAGGAAAUGUUUGCGUCUGGCCAUCAGAAGAGGUGUUAGCACACUACGCCCUCAAGCACAAGGAUCUAUUCAGAGACCUUGCUGUGUGUGAGCUAGGGGGUGGCAUGACAUGCUUGGCUGGGCUCAUGGUUGCUAUUUCUGCAGAUGUCAAAGAAGUUCUGUUAACUGAUGGGAAUGAAAAGGCCAUCAGAAAUGUCAGAGACAUAAUCACAAAGAAUCAGAAGGCUGGUGUGUUUAAGACUCCGGAAAUAUCAAGCUGCGUUUUGCGAUGGGAUAAUGAGACAGAUGUCUCUCAACUGGAAGGACAUUUUGACAUUGUUAUGUGUGCUGACUGCCUGUUUCUGGACCAGUACAGAGUCAGCCUCGUUGAUGCAAUAAAGAGAUUACUCCAGCCCAGGGGGAAAGCAAUCGUCUUUGCCCCACGCCGAGGGAAUACGCUAAACCAGUUUCACAAUCUAGCUGAAAAAGCGGGUUUCUCUAUCCAAAGACAUGAAAAUUAUGAUGAACACAUUUCAAACUUCCACGGCAAGUUGAAAAAGGAAAACCAGAACAUCUAUGACGAAAACCUUCAUUACCCAUUUCUGCUUAUUUUAACCAAAAAUGGAUAG